CCCAUCGCCAACAGGUCCACGUGCCAUUCCAGCCGUCACACGAAGCUGCUGUUCGUGUUUUUUUUUCUUUAGGACGAUCCGCAGUCAUAGCUGUGUUGGCAUAACCAGCUGUCUCCUGCCCGCUUAGCUCCCGCCCCGUCAUCCGAAGUUGGCACGCCGCCACAUGAUCCCAACAUCCAUCACCAGAGUCAAAAAACCUCAUUCGACAACUCCCCAAGUAAUCGCUUAUUUUCCCUCGGCGCAAGGUCGAUCUCUCCGAGCCUCCACCUCUCGGUGUUUCGCUUCUCCUCUAACUCAUCUUCAAAGAGAUAUGGCCUAAGCGUAACUUCAUCGUCUUCUCCUACUGCAUGUCAGCCUUGCACCUUGUCGUCGUUGUCGGAUCUAUUCGAUAAGUGGCAACGGCAGUUCUAGCCAAUAUGUUGCCCUUCAUCCAUAAGCGUACGUAAAGUGCACCCUCGACCAAUACCUUGCUAAUUCUACCUAUGCCGGCUUCUUCCACUACUGAAGCCUCUCUUGCUAACUUUUGCUUGCCUCUGUAGCUUUCGAGCUUCUUGCUUCGCGCAUCGGCGCAUCUCCAGACGAACGUCGGUCCAUCCCAUCAAGCUCGGCUACAUCGCAAAGCUCUACGAAGCCCCGUCCCUAAUAGAGCACCAGCACUGACAUCACGACUUCCAGUCAAGCUCGUCUUUUCGUUCCUCAUAUCAUAUCCGUUAGCCGGCUUGCUCAAACGAGUUCCCGACUCCAGGCCUGACCUCAAAAACCUCUUCAUAAUAAGGUAUGCUACCCAGCAGAUACCCAAGCUGUUUCCUUUGUCUCUUCCAACUGGUCUUGUCGUUGACACUUCGACUCUUGGACUAGCACCUCUACUUUCUAUCUUGUCGGGCUUUUCGAUUUGUGGGAUGGAGUGCGCACCCUUGCUAUUGCCUCUGCCGGCAUCUACAGCAUUGCGAAGUACAUGCGCACCAGCCCAUUCAUGCCAUGGGUCGGCUUCACGUUUCUCAUGGGCCACAUGUCCAUAAGUCACAUCGCUCGUCAAGUAACCAAUAGCCCGUCUUCCGUCGAUAUCACUGGCGCCCAGAUGGUGCUUUUGAUGAAGCUUAGCGGUUUCUGCUGGAACGUCGCGGACGGUCAGCUCCCGGACGACCAGGUAUCUGAGUACCAAAAAGAGAGAAGACUGAUCGAGCUACCCAGUAUCAUGGACUAUGCUGGGUACGUACUCUUCUUUCCUUCGCUCUUCGCCGGACCUGCUUUUGACUACACCGACUAUCGCAAAUGGAUAGACACUACAAUGUUUGACCUUCCGGCCCAAGUCGAUCCCUCAAAGAAGCCUCCUGUCAGGAAGAAGAGGAAGAUCCCUCGCAGUGGGACACCUGCUACCUUGAAAGCUGCCAGUGGUCUGGGGUGGAUUGCGCUUUUCAUGAUUCUCUCUGGUUACUACCCAAUCACCUACUUAACGAGUCCUUCGUACAUGGAUCAUGGGUUCUUCCACAGGGUAUGGAUUCUCCACAUGGUCGGAUUUACCGCUCGUUUGAAAUACUAUGGAGUUUGGUGCCUGACCGAGGGCGCCUGUAUCUUGGCCGGCCUGGGCUAUAAUGGUGUUGAUCCUGUCACCGGUAAAGUAUCAUGGAACAGGUUACAAAACAUCAACCCUUGGGGCGUCGAGACAGCCCAGAACACGCGCGCCUACCUUGGCAACUGGAACAUCAACACCAACAAUUGGUUGAGGAACUAUGUAUACCUUCGGGUUACGCCUGUUGGUAAAAAGCCCGGAUUCCGUGCCAGCCUUCUCACGUUCAGUACUAGUGCGCUCUGGCACGGCUUUUAUCCUGGCUAUUACAUGAGCUUCAUCCUAGCCAGCUUCAUCCAGACUGUAGCCAAGAACUAUCGCCGCUACUUUCGCGCUUUCUUCCUCGACGCGACCAGUGGUGCGCCUACUUCCAACAAGGUCUACUACGACGUCCUCUCGCUUUUCGUUACUCAAAUUGGCAUGUCCUUCGUUGUCACCCCAUUCCUUGUUCUAGAGUUCUCCGGUUCGGUCCAGGUGUGGGCUCGUGUUUACUUCUAUACCAUUGUCGGCACUGCGCUUUCCAUGGCCUUCUUUGCCUCUCCGGCAAAACAAAUCCUUCGCAAGCAACUCGAGGCACGUCAAGGCAAAGGCGGUGCCAAGCUGACCCGUACCUUGAGCCAAGACAGUCUAACAGGGCGGGAACCAGUCUUGGGUGUGUCGGCGGACCCUCAGCGAGAGAUCGACGAGGCCAUGGAGGAAAUCAAAGCCGAAGUGGAAGCCAGACAAAGAAGCAAAGCUACUUGA